CGCAAUCUCGAAAGUCACGUGACCUUAACAACAAAAGUCAGCUGUUCACAAUAUAAAUUAUAUCAAUCAAUUAUAAAAGUGGCAUAAAGUAUACGUACAUGUCAUGAUAUAAAAAUAAAACUCUUGUGUGGAUUUAUAAUUUCGCUCGUUUCAGAGUAAACUGUUAAAACUCUUGAAAUUUUAAUAUGAUAGUUUUGAUCCCCUUAUAAACAAAAUAUGUAAUUGUACUAUUAUAAUUCUCGUUUUUCAGUUUAUAUUCUCAUAGAAACAAAUUUAGAACAUCUUUAUUUCCAGUUGAAUAAUAAAUUCAAUGAUUUUUAAAAGAGAUUUACUCAAAAACACCCGAUCCCUAAUCGGGUUGAAAGGGCCUCUGUCAAUGCAUUUUGGGGUUAGGUCGCCCAGCCUCUCGUGUUGCACUUACAAACAAGGACAGUCACCUGAACCUCGGGUUCGAGAAUAUUUUUAUUUCAUCGAUCAUCAAGGAAUGUUAUUUCUCGACGACACAAAAAUAAAAAAUUUCACAUCAUGUUUCAAAGAUAAAAAAUUUCUUGUAUUCUUCUAUCGAAGGCUUCGGCUGAACGACACUGGACGUUAUUUGGAAAAUUUUCCAUUUGUUUCAUUAUGUGGUCGUGAACGGAAUUUCGUAAGAUGCGACGACCUCCCAAUAGUUUUCACUCACGUGAUCAAGAAAACUAACCCGGAAACUCAAUCGAUGGAAGACCUUUUCAGUUACGGUCAUGCUGGUGACUUACUAACAGUUCCUUUUGAACCAGGAAAGAUUUUUAUGAAUACAGAAACUGGCAGAGUUUAUCAUCCAGGCCCAACUGGUUUAGGAGGAAUUGGCCUUGUAAAAUCUAGCCUAGCGAUUGAAUUUAGCUCUCGCUUCUCUUUUAAACACGGAGAAGAACAAGGACCGUCCCAAUUCUUAUGGCGCGAUAAGAAAUACGAUCUCGAUACCGAGUGGUAUAAAGACAAGACGCUGAAACUCUCCUAUAAAUUGUGAUAUCAUACCUUCCACUAGCCAAUUAGGCAAGAUUUAAUCUAUUUUUGUACAGUUGUUGAUUUAUCUAUAACACGUUAUUUAAUAAAAUUUUUGGAAAUCA